CAGUAUAUUCUGUGGGUGUCUUGUGUUUCGGUUCUAAUAAGACAUGUCAACAUUGUCUUAAGGGAGGAACCAGAGCGGGGCGUUGUCAGUUUAACCACAACUACGAGGGGGGGCAUUCAAAGGGUUGCUUUCAAAGUUCUCAGCUGUCCCAAACAGUCACAAAUGGAAACACACGCAUGCACGCACACACUGUCAGAAACACAUCCAUAGAAUAGGCUAGACCCGGCUGGGCUGGGCUUGGGUUUCUUGCAUUGCUGCGUGUCAUUCUCCCACCUGUUAGGGCCCCGUUUAACGACGAAAACAAAGGGGAUGAUGGGGAGAGUGCUGGAAGAAGAAGUCCUGGCAUCGAGAGGGAACCAGACCUGGCACUCCAUGUCUUUGUGUCGGUGGUCCUUCACCCCUGUGUGUUUCACUGAGGAACUUCGUUUGACUCUUGAGGUUAGUUGAUGUGUGAUCAGCCUGCGCAAUUUGAAUGGUUACUCAUAGAAAGCAUGUAUGAAUGUAUUUAACUAUGUAUUCCCUACUUUUUCUGCGUAAAGCACUUCCUUACUAAUGCGUUCUACAUACAGUAUAUGCAUGUUUUUGCCUCUACUGAACAUUAUUUUGAGAGGUGAUGGGGGAAAAAUAUUUUUCAAAAUGUUAUUGCAUUAAAAUAAAGCAGUGGGCUAUAAAUAAUGUUUAUUUCCUCUCCUGCCUUGAAAGGAAGCACAGGCAUUAAAUAGGAGGCAGGGCUGCAAUAUAUAUAUAUAGUUAUCAUUGAACAUUCACAAAUGAUGUUUCAUUGUCUUCAAGUGGAUGGAAUUGUUUGGAGAUAUGACAUGAUAUGAUAAAUGAUUGCGACCAACAUUCCUAUCCUGCAAUAGAAGAUAUUUUCUUUGCAGUUCAUCUUGUGUGUCAAAUAAUUGUACCUUUUGACGUCUGGUUGCCAGCUGAAUACCAACCAUGGCUAACUACGACUCGUGAGUUCACCCUUUAUCAUUCUUGAUCUUCACUUGGAUUAAUUGUUAAUGCUUCUCAAGUAUUAAAUAGACAUAUGGUUUUAUGGAAAGGAACGUAAUCCGUGGACCUUGUUGUGUAGUUGACGUUGGUAUAAAUUGCUGAUGGAUGGAUGUUUCUGUUUGGGAUGCUUGAUGACAGACUGGAUGAUAAGGAUUCCCUGGACUUCCAUGACAACCCACCUGCACCCGACAACGUGGUGAGAGAGGACGACAACACGGUGUACUUUGUCUACGACGAAGAGGUAGAAGAGGAGGAGCGAGAAGACCCCGCCUCCCUCGAGCCUGUCAAACCUGUCAACGACAAGCCCCACAAGUUCAAGGACCACUACUGCAAGAAACCCAAGUUCUGUGACGUCUGCGCGCGUAUGAUAGUCCUGAACAACAAGUUUGCCUUGCGCUGCAAGGACUGCAAGACCAACAUCCACCACCAGUGCCAGUCCUACGUUGAGUUCCAAAGAUGUUACGGCAAAAUUCCCCCAGGCUUCAGGAGGGCCUACAGCUCGCCGCUGUACAGCAGCCAGCAGAACGCCACCGUCUCCCAGCUGCUGCCCUUCUCGCAGUCCAACCGCACCGACCCCGUGUUUGAGACCCUGCGCAUCGGAGUCAUCAUGGCCAACAAGGAGCGCAAGAAAGGCUCGGAGGACAAGAAGAAUGUAAUGAUGAUGAUGAUGGAAGAAGAGGAUUCCCCCCCCAAAGGAGAUGAAGGAAGAGGAGAAGCCAUCCCAGAGGCAGACAAGAAGGGAGAAAAGGUUGUUCCAGAUGAUAAGAGUAAGAAGCCCCAGCCAGGGAAGAUUGGCGUGUUCAGCCAGUCUCACUACUACCUCGCUCUCUACCGCUUCAAGGCCAUCGAAAAGGACGACCUGGACCUGCAAGCUGGUGAUCGGAUCACGGUGAUCGAUGACUCCAACGAGGAGUGGUGGCGGGGUAAGAUAGGGGACCGCACAGGCUUCCUCCCGGCUAACUACAUCAUCCGCGUGAGGGCCGGAGAGAGUGUGUACAAGGUGACACGCUCCUUCGUCGGGAACAGAGAAAUGGGUCAGAUCACUCUGAAGAAAGACCAGAUCGUGGUGAAGAAGGGGGAGGAGCUGAACGGCUACCUGAAGGUGAGCACCGGGAGGAAGCUGGGCUUCUUCCCUGCCGACCUGCUGCAGGAGAUCUGAGGAGGAGGAGGAGCAGCGCCACACGGAGCCGCCUUCUGAUUGGUCAACCAGGAGGAGCCACACCCACCUCGGGCCAGAAUGUCAACGAGAGGUUAAAGUGCCGAUGAAAUCACAUUUGUAUAAAUGUUUUAGGGUCUAGUUAUCGGCCUCUAUGAUGUGCAAUGUAAGCUAUGCCAUUUUUUCAUUCUUUCUAAAAUAAUAGCAUAUUUCAUAAAAAAGCUAAAUCCAUGUGGAAAAACAUGAUGAUGAUAAGAUGUUUUUUGCUCAACCAAUGAAAGCACUUGCCGGAAAUAUUGAAACAAAACCAGACAGAAAUAUGAUGUAUUCUAUUAUUGUUCCUCUUGUCAUCAGAAUCCGAUGUGCCUUUAAUGAGGAAGAGACUAUAUCUUCAUUAUCUGUUACAUUGUUAUGCAGCAUAAGGGACUGCUGAUGGGGCUAUUUUAGAAUCAGACUAAUGAAAAAACAAUGUGUGGGUGGAAAGGCCCAGUCUGAGAUUUUAAUGAAGUGUUUUUAGAGUGUGGAAUUAAAGAGUUGGCAUUUAGAAAUUUUGUGUUUCCGUUAGUUUUUUAUAUUAUGUAAAUAAAUGACAAAUUGGGUCAUAAUUUAAAUAGAUUAUAAUUCAGAGUGACCCUUUAAAAUGCUGUUCAGAGUAAGAAAUAAAAAAAACAGUCAAAUGUAUUUUGGAGUUUGGAGAAUGACACAAUACAAGCCUAAACUACCGUGAGAACUUUACUGUGCAAAAUACAAUUUUAAGGCAAAUCAUUUAGAAUCAUAUUACAAAACAUUGAGUGAGCCUUAUAAAAAUGACAACC